GAUGUGGGGGGACUGGGGCGGCAGCGGUCGCAGCAGCGCCAGGGACCGGGGCGCGCAGCAGCCUCCGCUCGCCCGCCUCUGCUGACCUGCCUCGUUUGGCCCCAAAGAAUGUCCUCCAAGUCCAAGGGGACCCCCUCCUCGUCCUCUCCAGCCGAGGGACCGCCGGCAGCCUCCAAAACCAAGGUGAAGGAACAGAUCAAGAUCAUCGUGGAGGAUCUGGAAUUAGUCCUGGGCGACCUGAAGGACGUGGCCAAGGAACUUAAGGAGGUGGUUGACCAGAUUGAUACCCUGACCUCUGACCUCCAGCUGGAAGAUGAGAUGACCGACAGCUCCAAAACGGACACCCUGAACAGCAGCUCCAGCGGCACGACGGCCUCCAGCCUGGAGAAGCUCAAAGUGCAGGCCGGCGCGCCUCCCCUCCAGCCCGCAGCGCACCCGCCCGCUGUCCUCACGGUUCUGAGAAAGCCGAACCCCCCGCCGCCGCCUCCACGGCUGACCCCCGUCAAGCGUGAGGACCCCCCGAGGGCGGCGCCGGCCGGCCACCCUGCGAAGACCAAUGGCACCCUCCUGCGCAACGGAGGCUUCCCGGGAGCGCCCAGCAAAAUCCCCAACGGAGACGCCUGCUGCGCGCCCGGCGGCCUGCACCGCCCUCCAUCUCCCCUCGAAAACGGGGGGCUGGGGAUCAGCCACAGCACCAGCUUCCCCCCCCUCAGACCUGCAACUGUGCCUCCUCCCACUGCGCCAAAACCACAGAAGACGAUCUUGAGGAAAUCAACCACUACCACAGUGUGAUGUAUGCCAUUUAAAAACACUUUCUGUUUCCUUCUCGUUUUUAUAUUAUAAACGUAAUCAGUAAUGAGCACUUUCUACUCGAGCAAUAAAAAGCCCAAAUAUAUUAAUCCUGCAUUCAGCCAAGUGGCAUAAAAAUCACCUGCUCCUUCAGAUUGGGAGGAAAAUCUUUAUUUGGAGGCAUGUCAGCUCAUUUUUCUCACUUCAGAUUCAUCAUUGUGACUUCUUGAGGCCAGAUCUAAUUUUUAAAUAACCAGGAACUUGUCCAUCUCAGAGCAGCAAAUCCCUUCAACUUUGGAGCACAAGUGAUCACUGAUAUGGUCUGCAUAAAAUCAUCUGCCUCUAGUCUGACAGCCAUGAGCAGAGCCCUAGGGGCGAAAAAAGCCACAGCCUUAAAUCUCUUCACUCAGAAAUUACCAAGAAGAUUUUUUAAAAAAUAGAUGAAAAGGAACAAACAAUCAAGCCAACAAAAAAACAAACCAAACGAAAUCCAUCUUACUGCACCAUGAAAAUAAAUAUUCCCAGAUGUGAACCCAUGAAAAUGUAUAUUCAGCUAGUUAAGCUAGUAAAUUAUCCAUUGAUUUAUCAUUUGGGAAGGUAAAAGUAUAGAGAUAGGAGUUAUCUCAAGCCAGAAUUAAUCAGCAUUUCAAACAAACAUGUAGGCAAAAAGAAACUGAACAGAGGAGCAUCGCAGCAAUGAACAGUGUUAGGACAGAACGUUGCUGUUUGCAGAGAGGAUGUUUGCCACCUUGUGCAUACCCUUAAAGCCAUAAUGGAAUAACAGCAUUCUUGUCAAUUGCUUGAAAAGUUUCUGCAUUCAAUCCUUCACUCCAUAUUGGUUGCGAGAGGGGGGGGUUCAGUUCUUACUGAUUGUUUCUCAAUGCACUUCUGAUAUUUGCACUGUCACUUCCAUUCAGGGUAAAGAUGUGUGCUGUUAUUUGCACAGAUGGUCCCAUGAGUUUUGAGACCACAACAGGCAGUUUCUUGCAGGAGUCCAAAAAGGAAACACUUAUGAAUUCUGAUUUCUUUAUUCCAUAAAAAUCAGUUAUCUAAAAAACAAAUGGUCUCGUUUCAUUAAAAUGACAACUACAGAAUUAUGAUGAAAAAGCGUCAGUGUGGUCAAAUGAAUGAAAAAGGGAUCAAUUUUUUUUAAUGAAGAUCAUUUUAUAUCAUUAACAGCCAAGAAGUCAAAUACAGUGAACUGUACAUUAAACAUUUGUGUUGAACAUCUGUUUGUUCUCUGAAUUAAAAAAAAAUCAUUUGUAAUUUGUAUUUGACAUAAUAACAAUUUUUUAUAGCCAUUUAUCUAUGCUUCAUGGGAAAAUGUACCAGACAAACAAACAGCAUUUUCAGUUUAUUUUUCUAAAUAAAUGUGUUGUUUGUAUUAUU